AUGGCCUCAAGGGGGUUUGGUUCAAGCAAGAGGAAUAAGAAGAAGAUGAAGAAGAAGAAGAAGAAGAAGAAGAAGAAGAAGCCGGACUAG